AUGGUUUAUGGGAAUUCACUUUUUAGUUACUAUAGUAGUAAUAAUAAUAAUACCAUGGCACCACAUCCACAACAAUCUGUGUCGAAGAAAGGACCAAGAAAACCAGUACCGCGUGGUCCCUCGGGAAACGAAUCUCCAGAAGAAUAUUUCGCAAAAUGUAGAACCAAACUCCUAAAUGGCCAUAUAAAGACCGUACGAACGGUAGCUUGGAAUUGCGACGGUCGAAAACUUGCAAGCGGUUCCGUUGAUAAAACUGUUCGGUUAUGGGAAGCGGAUCAAGAAGACAUAAAAUAUUCUAUCAAGUUACUCGGUCACGAAGAAAGUGUGGAUCAACUUUGUUGGAGUCCUCAAUCGCCACACGAACUAGCGACAGCGUCAACCGAUAAAACAGUUAGAUUCUGGGAUACUCGAGAUGUAAAACGAUGUACCCAUGUCGUGAAAACCGAUGGAGAGAAUAUAAAUAUCAGCUGGAGCUGGGAUGGCUCGAUGGUUGCAGUUGGUGAUAAGGAUGAUAAAAUUUCAUUUAUCGAUCCGAGGCAUAAACCGUCACCAGUUAUAGUUAAAACUUAUGCGGAAGGUGAUGAUGUAAGAGAUGAGAUUAAUGAAAUUAGCUGGAAUCAUGAUUGUUCAUUGUUCUUUUUAACAACUGGUUCUGGAGCCAUUAAAAUAUUGAAAUGGCCUUCAUUGCAGCCAGUUCACGUGUUGAGAGGUCAUACUGCAAAUUGUUAUUGUAUUGAUUUUGAUCCAAAGAGACGAUAUGUAGCUGCAGGAGGAGCAGAUGCUCUGGUUACAUUGUGGGAUCUUGAAGAAUGUGUUUGUCUAAGAUCAUUUAAAGAAUUAGAAUUUCCGGUACGGACGAUUAGUUUUACUUAUGAUGGAGUUUAUUUAGCGGCAGCUUCCGAAGAUGAACAUAUUAUUGUUUCUAAUGUGGAGACGGGCAAGACUGUUUACAGAAUUAAAACAAUGGCCGCCACUAAUUCUGUUGCAUGGCACCCGAAAGGUUAUCUGUUGGCGUUUGCUGGUGAUGAAGAAGGAAUUCAAGACCAAAAAAAUUAUAUUGGUUUGAAAGUAUUUGGUUUCAAUGAUUAG